UGAUCCCACCAUGAGCCCUAAUCACUUCCACUCAGCCCAGUGAGAUCCCGCGCGGGACCUGUGUCUCUCACCAUGAGGCUGAAGACGUUGACAACCGAGCCCCCUGAUAUAACAGAAGAUGAUUUCGAGGACUUCCUAGCAGCGGACGACUUGCUUGUCGAGUACUUUAAUGAAUUCUUAAGUCUUCCUACUUUUUUUGACCCAAUUAAAUUCAAUAAAACAUAUGGAAUUUUUGAAGUAAUAAGCAAUGAGCCGGAACGACUCAACCAGCAAAUUAAAAAAAUGUUACGCCUGCACGAAGCUUCCAGCCACGUCUACGAUGCCAGCAGAAAUGUGAAAUAUCUCAUACCAAAGGAAACAUCUUUCACUGAUCUCAAUAUAGACAACAAUUACAGCGUCAUGUGCCUGAGUCGUGAGCAAGGAAUUCAGUGGAUCAAGAGAGAGAGGCUUCCGGCAUUUCUAAAAAGUGAUUGCUAUUUUGAAUACAGACUUGCCAAACUGAUGUCGCAGGUAAAAGUGAAAAACAUAGGUAUGAAAGUCUAUAUUGACCCAAGUUACGUGCCUUGGAAACACAAGAAAGAAAAGAGCCCAACGCCAUCUCUGGAGACAGAAGACCAGGAAAUCAUGCGGAAGUUCUUUGUCACACUCGGUCAGGCAUCGUUUACCCAGACAAAGGAUUGGUUUACUGUGGCCAAACAAAGCGAACAAACUGCUGUCACAAACUCAUCUUCUCGCCCCAUAGCCUGGGGGUCUCCAAGGAGCAGCUCUGCAUUGUUCACCACGAGUAAUGGUAGUCAAGAUGGCUAUUCCCAUGAAAAUAUGUCUAACCUUCAUAACACAUUCCUGCGCAAAACCUGUGCGCCUUUAACACCAGAGAGCAGCUACUACAGUACCAGAGAUGAGGAUGAAUAUUCUGUGUCUAUCGCACCCUCCCAAAGCUCUACACCCAUUAGACUGUAUGUUGAACCUAAAUGGAAGAAGGGAAAUGAAUCUGAGGCUGAGCUGAAAGAGAAAACAAGUGUCUUGGAAGACAUCAAAACCAAAAAAGUUCCCGUUUUUCAGACGCUGGAAGAGUUUGCUGAUUUAUAUGUCGGCUGCGUGGUGAAAUCUGUAGUCUCUAAACUGACUGGACACAUCGCUAAGGACAUCGCUGAAAAACUUGAUAUCUAUACUUUGGAUCACGUGUCAAUCUUGGACUUGGAGAGUACAGAUUCACCUUCUAUUAGUUCUAGAAGCUCACAAACCAGCAUCGAAGAAGAGAUUGUCGGGUCUGAAUGUGAGGAAGGAAACACUCCAGUUUCCCAAAGCCACAAAGGAGAAGUCGCUCACAUCAGGACCAGAGGCGAGUUCGAAAAAUUUAAAUCGUUUCUGAAAGGAACAUCAGGAGAGAAGUUGCGGUGGCUGUGGAUGGACAUUGAAAGGCUGAAAACGAUUCCGGAAGCAGCCAGACAACAGAGACACCUAAACCAGAUGAAAAGGCUGUAUCUGGUGACAAGCGGAACUCGCUCUCUUGGUGCUGAAGUGUUGCAGAAACUGGAACUUCUGGAGACAGCCGGGUGGACUGUGAACCAUAUACUCAGUGCCCAGGCAGAGAUAAUAAAACCUUUACUCCUGUACUGGGGACCCCGGUUUUGUUUGGCUGAUUCUUCUGCGGCUCACAAUGUUGAUGCUGACCUGAAACUGUGGUAUGAUCGCCAGCUGAGACCCAAAAGAGAUGCUGACCCUUUUGCACAUACAGUGACGCUGUUACCUUUAAGACCGAAGUCAUGCAUGCCAAGAAUUCCUAGCUCUGUUCCUCCUUUAAUUAAAAGUGACCCACCAGUGCCAUCAUCUAGAAAGAUGCCAAGGAGUUCCAGUUGGAAGCAGCCCGGGACUUUGAUUUCCGCAAACUUCCCACCACAAAGAAAAUGCAGCAGAAGUUUGCCUGCGAGUGCAGUUAACGGCAGCGCCAAGACACGAACAAGAUGUAGGAGCAGCCAUCCAUCCAUCAUAGCUCUGGAUACGGCCAAGGAAGCGCCAAGCGUGCCACCAACAUGUGGUCAGAAUGCUUUGGGAAACGUUCUGAAAAAAGAGGAUGCGAUUAGCAGCGACGUCUUGAGAAGCUCUAAGAUGGAGGAAAUGUUACAAGCGCUCCGACUCGACAGCCGCGCGGGUUAUUAUUUCACCACUUUUUGUGAACGUUCAGGAAACAAGCUGUGGAAGAACGCUGUCUACUUCUGGUUCGAUCUACAAACCUAUCACCACAUGUUUUACCAGGAGACUUUGCAGCCUUUUAAACUAUGCAGGCAAUCCCAACUCAUUUUUGGCACCUACCUCGCUCCCUCUGCCUCUAUGGAUAUUGGUGUUGAGAAGACCAUAAAAAAGGAGAUUUACCAGAAACUUGAUCCACCUUUUGAGGAUUUAUUUGACUCCGCUGAAGAAUACGUGCUCACACUUCUCCUCUCCGCAUGGAUUCACCUGACCGAGUUAGACAGACAGACUUACAGCAAGGUGGAGCUGGUGGAAGAGGUCCGACAGCUGGACUCCGAGUGCUAUCGAAAGCUUCAGGCUCUGCUGCUGGAGGAGGCGGCCAGGAAAGACCAAGUUCAGGCUCGUAAGUCUGUUUUUGUUCCACCCGCUGACAUUCCCAGAGAACCCAACCUGUGGGACCUGGUUCCAGACGAAUACAAGAACUACAACCUCAGUACUUUAAUUCGGCACAGAAUGGAGCUGGAACAUUUCCGAAAAUUUCUAGACUACCAUUUUGCGAGUAUGGAUCUACAGUGCUGGAUAGACCUCGAGCAAUUCAGAAGAAUGGACUACAAGGAAAAGGAAAAACGCCACGAGAAAUCCAUUGAAAUUAAGAACAAAUAUUUAAAUAAAAAGUAUUUCUUUGGUCCGAACAGCCCAGCCACAAGAGAUCAACAGGAGCAGGUCAUGCAGCUCGCCGGAGGCUGGGGCAAAAUUCUUCACGACAGACUUUCUUCCAACGUCCUCGUAGAGGUACAAAAAUACGUCAGAAUGAGGAUAGAAAAGAAGUGGCUUCCAAUGUAUCUGGCGACAGAGGAAUUCAGAGAGCGCCAGAAAAUGCAGGCACAGAUGAAGGAUGUUGCAGAAGAUGUUAUAUUUCGGACAAACAAGAAAAAAAUAGAAGUAUGGAAGCAUCUGGACAAUAAGUGGAUUUCUUCCUCCAAAGAAUUAAUUGCUUUCCGCAAAGCUUUAUUAAACCCAGUUACUGCCAACCAGUUCCAGCGGUUCAUCUCACUCAAAGGCGACUUUUUUGAAAAUGGGCUACUUUUCUGGCAAGAAGUACAGAAAUAUAAGGAACUUUGUCACUCGCACUGUGAUGAAUCUAUAAUCCAAAGCAAGAUCACUGCAAUCAUCAACUGCUUCAUCAACUCGUCGAUCCCUCCAGCUUUGCAGAUCGACGUCCCACCUGAGCAAGCCGAGAAGAUCAUCGAGCAUAGGAGAGAUUUGGGACCCUAUGUAUUCCGUGAAGCACAGAUGACAAUCUUCAGUAUUAUGUUCAAAUAUUGGCCAGAGUUUUGUGAGUUUCGUGGCAACUUGGCAGACGAGAAGAUUCUCCCCUUUCUGGAGCGAAAGAAGAUAAAGAAAACAGAGCAGAUGAAAAAGAAAAUGAAAGAAGAAGAGAGACUUGCCCAGCACCAACAAGAAAACGCCAAAAGAAAAGAGACUUUGUCAGACUUGUAUGGAGAUAACGAGAGCACUUAUAGUUCAGAUGUCUUCACUGCGCCGGAGGGGUACGGACGCAGCAGAAACGUCUCUUGGACGUAUUCAAAGUACAUGGAAGGUCUGGAGCAAGAAAGGAUGCUUUUGAAAAUCCAGCAAGACCUGGAAAUAAAUACCAGAUCUUCCUUCUCAUCAGAUAACUCAUCAAUCUUCAGCGUGAGAUCGGAAGCCUCGCAAAGAACGGGCAGAACCUCCGGCUCCUUGUACCGGCCUGGAUACACGGGGAGAAUUCAGUCAGCCGAUACAAGAAGGAUAAACUGACAAAACCCUAAAUAAUUUGUCAUUAUGGAACAAGAUUGGAGUUCGUUAAAUACCCGGCAACAUUCAUCAUCCAACAGCCUGUUAAUUCCUCUUGGACUGACAAUAAAUCUGUUCCUAUCAGGAUAUU